GAGAAGAACUGAUUCGGUACCCUAACCUAUCCAGAUUUAUGAAUGAUUUACUCCUCAAGGGUAAGGGUCUGAUGCAAAUGAGCAUAAAGGAAGCUGUCAGCUGCAUCCUGCUUCGGCCAAUAGAAGCAGAGCUCCAUCUUAGCUCUACCAGAGGCUGUAUUAAACAGCAGAUCAGCGCUGUUCCAGCACCCUUUCUGAAAAGAGAACUGCAUCAAGAACAGAACCCAGAGGACCUUGCAAGUAUGGCAACCUUCAACACCACCCACUGGAAUGAAACAGCACCCGUCUACCAGUACCUUGGUUUUCAAGUGCAGAAGAUUUACCCUUUCCAUGACAACUGGAACACUGCCUGCUUUGUUAUUCUGAUCGUAUUUAUAUUUACUGUAGUAUGUUUGGUGGUGCUUGCUUUCUUAUAUGAGCUGUUGGACUGUUGCUGCUGCGCAAAAAAUAAAACGAUGAAAGACUUAGAGAAUGAACCUAAUCCUGUUAGAUCUUUGAUGGAAAGCUUCAGGAAACGUGAAAGAGAAGUGGUGUAGAGGCGGACCAAGAGAUCUCCAGCAUCUGCAUUGAAAAAUGUGUUCAACAUUGUAACGAAACCUCUUGCGUUGUAAGACUGAGUCAGAUUCUGCUCAGCCUUAAAUAUCAAUAUUAGCAAUGUUUUUUGUUCACUGUUGGAUAGAAACUGGAAAGGUUGAAGAACGCUUAAAUAAUGGGCGACCGGUCACAGUGUUGUGUGAAAAUGAGCAAUUUUUGUUUUUAAAUGGACUGCUGUUGAUUAGAAUUGAUGACUCAAGUAAAAGUUUGUUCGUAUGAUC